GCCGGGAGGGCUGUGCCCCUCGAGGUGCUUGUGAGAUAUGGAAGGGGAGGCUGCGUGAUGGGUCCCUCGCUUUCCCUUUCGCUUGCGUCUGGAAGAAGGACCGUGAACUAGGUUGUUACUGGCAGAAGAACCAGGAUUCAGAUCUCAGUGGAACUUGCUUUCAAAAGCUGUUGAAACAAAGGACUGCUUUCUAAUUUGGACAUGGCUAAUCGAGGAGCGACAAGGCCCAACGGGCCAAAUGCUGGAAAUAAAAUUUGCCAAUUUAAACUAGUACUUUUAGGAGAGUCUGCAGUUGGCAAAUCAAGUUUGGUGCUUCGUUUUGUAAAAGGACAGUUUCAUGAAUUUCAAGAAAGUACAAUUGGAGCUGCUUUUCUAACCCAGACUGUAUGUCUGGAUGAUACAACGGUAAAAUUUGAAAUUUGGGAUACAGCUGGGCAAGAGCGGUACCACAGUUUAGCACCCAUGUACUACAGAGGAGCACAAGCAGCUAUAGUGGUAUACGACAUUACAAACGAGGAGUCCUUUGCCAGAGCGAAAAAUUGGGUCAAAGAACUUCAGCGACAAGCAAGUCCUAACAUUGUAAUAGCUUUAGCAGGAAACAAAGCUGAUCUAGCUAACAAAAGAGCUGUGGAUUUCCAGGAAGCACAGGCUUAUGCAGAUGACAACAGCCUAUUGUUCAUGGAGACGUCUGCCAAAACAUCUAUGAACGUAAAUGAAAUAUUCAUGGCAAUUGCAAAAAAAUUGCCCAAGAAUGAACCACAGAAUGCAGGAGCCAGCUCUGCCAGAGGAAGAGGAGUAGACCUUACUGAACCCACACAACCACCCAAGAGUCAAUGUUGUAGUAACUAAAAGAUCAAUUGCUUUAAACUGUUCUGAAUAUUCUUCUGCUUCCUAACUGUUAAUAACCAUGGAAUUGGAGUGCUUAACCUGGUCCAGUACAGCUUCCAAACAGCGAAGAGACUUACAAUAAUAGUCAAGUUCAUGAUACAGAGUUUUCUUUUCACCUAAAAUUUUAACAUGCAUGUAUCCACCACUGGCUGUAAUGUUUCAGCAGUAGAGGAGAGAUGGAGGCGGAAUAAACUUCCUUCAGUUGAAAGGUUUUAAAAAUCAGUUGUUAUUAUUAGAGGUGUAGAAGAACUACUUUCUGUGGACCUAAUUGGCCAGUUCCUGUAGCCUCAAUACUGAUCACUGUUAUAAUAAAUAGAAUUGGGUCUUUUCAUAAUUCUCAAUUGUGCUUUAAAACCUCCUUAGAAACAGGGUCUAAAAAUUACUUAAACUUAUUUGCAGUAUUGAUGCAACCAGUUGUUUCUGCAGGUAUCCACUGUUUAGUUACACAUUCCAUAGGUUAAUAAUUUUAUUACAGAUAAUACUUGCAUUAACAAUUUUAAGAAUCCUAUGCUUGCCAGAAAGUGGAGUUUUAGUUGGUACACUGUAUGUAAAUUAUAUCAACCCAGUUAGUUAUCUUAAUGAAUUAGUGAUGAAUCAAGUCUAACUUCAUUUCUAAUCUAUUCAGAGGGUACAGACCAGUAAAUUCAACUCUACAACUUAGGAUAUGGGGUUUUUUGUCCUCUACAAACUGUAAGAGCUCUUCAAGUAAAACCACAACAAACUCGG